AUGGCGGUUAGGGACAUAGGCACCGUCGCGGGCAUGCCUGCCGACUCGCCGCCCGUGCCCUAUGGCACGCUGUUGCGGCCGACGGAGGAGGGCCGAGUCGGGGAUCGAGCAGCUCACGCUGCUCGGUUCAUGGGGACGUACAGGGAGUUCAAGGACCACUGCCGCGACCUGCCGGGGCUGGUGUCUCCGCACUUGGCCCUCUGGGCAGAUGUGCCCAUGUACGGCUUCGGUGACGAGGAUUUUGACGUGCGCCUCGAGGCGUUCGAGCUGCUGUCCGCAGAAGGCGUGCCGUCGGUGGUCACCCAGGGCGGCGAGGUGCCCGCUGCACGGGGUCCUCCGAUCGAGAGGCGGCUGGACGAGAGCGCCAGCUUCUGCCUCGCGGCCCUGGCCGUCGGCCGCGCCCGUCGCCGCUCCGCGCCCGCGAGCUGCGCGAACGCUCCAGGGGGGUCAGGGGAUGGCGCGCAGAUUGUCCCAGCGACGGUGGCCGACUACAGCAGCUUCAGCAGGGGCGAUCUUCUACAACUGGUCAUCGCCAAGGGUGCACGAGUGUCCGGGCUAAACCACGAGAGGGAUCAAUUUCGGAAGUCCAAAUGGAAAGCGAUGAAACAGAAAAGGCAAUUGCAGAUUGAGAAUUCCCGGCUGAAAACAACCAUACAGGAUAUCGAGUCUUUGGUGAGCGUGCGCACUGGGGAGCAUGGGAAUGCGGAUAAGUACAAGGCAUACUGCGUGGCUAUCAACAGGAACGAGGGCUACGCUGGGGCAGCGGUAGCCGUCAAAAUGAUGGCUGGUGGCGAGGGCGUUUUGGGUGGGGGGCUGAAGGACAAGGGCAUCAUCAUAACUUACGAGCACAUGGCUGCUGCCAGCAAGAGGCUACGAUCAAACAUGUUCUUCGAUGCGCGUGUACUUUGCGACCUGCAGGAUGUGCGCGAAGGCACAGGCCAGGAGACAUACUCUUUGAUGCUCCGCGAGUUCGACUCGGUGGGCGCGCCUACUGGGGCCCAGCGACUUCGCGAGGCCAACGGGGCGAGCAUUACUUUCCUGGGCGCUGCAGUCGACAAAGGCGAGGGCGAGGAGCAGGAGUUCCGGCAGCAGCAGAGGAAUGCGAGGCGAAAUGCGCUGGGAUGUCUGGGCGACCAUCGUUUCGAACUUAAGGCAAGGGUGUCUUUUAACGUCAAGAGGCCUAUCCAGCAUUUCAUGAAUUGGGCUGACGGUAAGCAACUGGUUUUCAAUCAGCGCGUCAAGGCAUCCACGGUACGAGGCAGAGGCGAUGACGAUAGCGACAAGUCCGCUGACGAUUCCUGGGUGGAUAAGGAGAUGGAGGACCUUCUGGAUGCGGACGGUUUCGGGUCGCUGUCGGAGCUGAUGGGCAUCCAGACGGUCAACGAGGAGGGGGUGGUGGCGGAGUCCUUGCCCGAGUGGCCCGAGUCGUCCGACGGUGGCAGCGAUGACCCCUCGGACGCUGCGCCGGGGGCUGGUGGGGGCCAGGGGGUCGAGGUCACCCGCCUUGACGCGGACGUGCAGACUUUCGUGGCUGGUAAGAGUGCGGGCAACAAGGCGUGCAUUCUAAAAGCUUUUGAGCAUUUGGCAGAUGCGAGCGAUGCAGCAUUGCUUUUGCAAGAUCGUAUGAUCUCGUUAGUCCAGAGCGGCGAUAGUGUAGAUUUCGUGAUGUGGUCGAGCGCUGCUGCUCGCAUGGCUCGCUCUUUAUAUGUAGUGAAUAAGAAGGUCAAAGCUAUAGUGUUCGGUAUGGUUCCUCCUGCUGACUCUGCCACUGCGACAGUCUUAGCUGCCCAGGCUGGGGCGAUGUACUUGCAUCGGAAAUCCGAGCGCGAGAGGGAUGAGGUUCCUGAGUUUGCAUUAGUCCUGGAGGAGUGGUGCCAGCAAGCACGUGCGUUUGGUGCGAAGCUUCAAGGAGCGCGCCUGGGGGACCUGGGGCCGUGCCCGAGCUUGCAGAGCCGAGUGUAG